AUGCAUCGUCAACAAUGGCCAGCGCGCAAUCCUGUCCAGGUCCAGCCGCAGAACCGCGACCCGACUGCUUCCAUGAUACCUUCGCACAGUAUCCGCCACAACACCGGCCCUCCACGUUUCAGAAAACCCGCCGAUGCUGUUUCCGUCACUUCGUCGGCCUCAAAAGAACCAAAUCCCGGUUUCGACAACCGCAGCCAGGAUGCCGACGACAGCAGGUUCUCGACGCCGGCGUCGGGUCCGUCAGCAGGCAUCAUCAACCCAUUUGAUCUUUCUGCCGCCGCACCUUCGGAGCCUCGUCACGUCCUCGUCCGCGUGGAGGGCGACGCCGGUGCGUACCUCGGCGAUGUUACGGGACGGCCAGUCCCUUCUAAGCUUAGUCUGCCCACCGAGAUGGACGGCUCACGAUCGGUCACUAGCGGAGACCAGAUCGAAACUGGCUGGAGCCUUGACUAUUAUGGCUUGUCUCGCACUCGACGAGAGUAUGGAAAUGGCAUUGGGUGGCGCUGCCAAGAAUCAGAGGCUGUGGCAGAUGCUCAGGGAAACUUUGGAUGGCCUCGAAAGUACGUAUGCGCCAUGUGCUCACUGCAUUGGAAGGCCAUGCCUUUGCCAGCCAAGGUCAUCCGAGGCGAUAUUAGUCAGAGGGACAGAAUUGAUCUAAGAAUUGCCCAUCUUCAUUCUCCCCGAAAGAAUGGCCACAAAUCCUAUCUGACGGGGCUAGCCAGCCGUAUCGAGAACGGCCAACCUCUGAGCUCCAUUGACCAGGAGAUUUGCUCGCGGCUGAUGCUCAUGUUCAACGACAGGGACGCCCGCGGGCAAAAGUCCAUUUCUCAGCCCAUCAACACAGUCCUGGGUCCGGAGGAUGUCAGCAGCCCUGCCGUCUUACGAGAGCACACCCAGUGGAUGUCGUACCUCGGGCUGCACACUCCUGAGAUGCACCGACGGGAUUUCUUCGAUCCGAGGAAUAAUCAGUGGUACUACCGCGAGUACAACCUCGAUGACGACUUCGAGAACGCGUGCGAGAAUAUUCGGAUCAUUUCCUACGCGACGGGACGCCCAGUGAAGGCCUCUGACUUUCUCUGGCGCUGA